AUGGUUACUUUGGUACUUGUUAUACCUUUUACAUGGUCUCUUGUACGAGUUUGGAGUGAUAUGAUACUUAUGAUAGAGAAUCUGCAACUGACAUUACCGUUAAUAUUUUCAUGUCUGAAGCUUCUCAUUAUGCGAUGGAAACGAUCAGCUAUCUUACUCAUCGUGAACAUGAUGGCCGAAGAUUGGAUGCAUUUAAGUACAGAGGCAGAAAGAUAUGUAAUGAUAAAACAAGUGCAAUUUGCGCGAUUUUUUACAAUUUAUUCAUAUUGUAUUGCGGCAUUGGGAGUCACCACAGUUACUGUUUUACCAUCAUUUGGAUUACAUUUCAGAGUUAUAACAAAUCUCACGGACAGAGACAGAGUAUUACCAAUGCAAGCCUAUUAUUUUUAUGACACAGAUAAAAGUCCGCAGUUUGAGCUUACACUUGCCGCUCAAUUUAUAUCGAUGUUUUUCAUUUUGAUAAUUUACAUGUCGGUGGAUGCUUUCUUUAUGCUCACGAUUUUUCAUAUUUGCAGCCAGUUAAAAAAUUUCAGAUAUCGAUUACUUAAUCUGAUAAUAAUCAGCAAUGAAACAAGUUAUAUUUCUUUUUCGCGGAUAUGUGCUGCGAUAUGUGGCACUGUUUCUUCAUUAGUGAUCCUGUUAUUUUACUGCAUUGGCGGAGAACUUGUGGCAAAAGAAUGUGAAGCAGUAUAUCGUGCUUUGUGCGAUCUCGAAUGGUACAUAUUGGAGCCGACGGAAUCGAGAGCUCUAAUUUUAAUAAUGAUACGAACCAGCAAAUCUUUUUGCAUCACCGCGGGAAAAAUAUUUCCACUUUCAAUGGCCACAUUUUGUAGCGUAUUCAAGACAUCUGUUGGCUACAUAUCAUUUUUAUUGGCAAAGCGUAAUUAA